AUGACUUUUUCAAAGGAGCAAACCGAUGAUUUUAUCAAACAAUGGGAGCUCAAAAUGCAUGAAAAGGAGCAAUCGGAGCUGAAAAAAUUCGACACCGAAUUGAAAAACAUGAAGCUCAAAUCGGAGGAGGAGUUGUCAAAAAUAAAUGCAGAAUUGGAGAACAGCCCGACAGAAAAACCAGCAGAUAUCCUCCCCGCGGGUGGGGAAAUUGAAAACGAGGAUGGAAAUCUUAACUGGCUAGAGAUGGUCAGGCGGAUUGAAGCAGAUAUUUCAGAGGGUAAGACCACGCUGUCGGAAGGUCAAAAAUUCAUGUUAGAUUUGAUAAAGAAAAAGUCGACGCAAUAA